AUGGCGGAUAAUGAUGUUGAUCUUUCUGACUGGACCGACUUCUUCCACAACAGCCAGCUCUUCGAACCAAAUGACAUCCCAACCGAAGACAACAACAGCUCAACGUGCGUGUUGAACAAACUGGGCGGACUCGCUUUCUCGUCGGCAAAGGUUCCACAAGAGUUCCGCGGCGAUGCCUACGCCGGGGACGAACCUUUCGAGAUAUUGGGCCUCGACCAGGCAGCUUCCUCAUCCCAUGCGCUUCAAGAUGUCCUCAACACUUUCGGUGUCAAUCCAGACGAUUGGAUCACCGAGGUCACUCCACCCGAUGAAGAUGAUCCCGACGAACCAGACGAACCAGAAAUCCCCGUGGACGUAAUGGAGCCCCUUCGCCUCAUGAUCAGAAAGCUCCGCGACGCGGCUGGAAUUUCUGCCGAGAUCGAACGGGAAAACCGGAAUGGCCUGUGGAUAGUCCCGGAACAAGAAAACGCACUGGCGAUCACGGUUGGGCUGAUGUUCAAAAUCAAUCUCGACCAAGUGGUGGAUUUCGGAAAUGAUAUAAUCGACAAGCUGAACGAUCUAUUCGGUCUCGGUCUGAAGAUUGGCCAGUUGAGCUUCAGCGAGGUGGGGGAUUUGAAAAUUCGCAUCAAGAGCAGAACCGUCAUCUCGAAGACCGAGGAUGACGAUGGAGAGACAGUCUGGGAAGAACCUUAUACUCUGUACGAGUUCCUUUUCCAGUUCCCUCUAUUUGGACUGUUCCUCAACUUCCGCGUAUCGUAUGUGGGCGAGUUCGAGUUUUCCGUUUCCGAGAAUCCAAACGACCCUCGGUCCAUGUUCGAGAAGAUUGCAAGUCUCAUUAAGCAACCGCCGUCUGCAGACGACGCAGAUCCCACCACGGACGACCAGGGCUUCUCCAUCACGCCUAAGCUGUGGAACCUGACGGUGACGAAAACUGAGUCCGCCGUGGAAUGGAGCAUAGCGUUCCUAGUCAAACUCAAGAUGAGCGCCGAAUGGGACACCCUAACAAUAGCCUUGACGUACGACAGUGGUAUAGGGACGUUUACCGGCCGCCUGCUUUUCAAAGACAUGUUUAGUGAACCAUCGCUGGACGUCGAGUUCGACGAGAUAUGGGACGUUCCGACCGAUUUCUACGCUGACAUGAAAGAUCGAUUCGACUUCCGCAGCAUUCCACAGUUCACCCCGCUUCCGGACUCCUUUCCCACCAAUUUGACCGAGGCUUUCUUUGAGUAUACCAAGGGGUCUCAGCCAGAGUUGCUCAUGUCUGCCACGCUGAACUCCGACGGCGCUCUUGACGACCCGCCUGCCGGCGAGGACGAUGUUCCGUUCCCUUUUGAGUGGACAACCAUCUCGCUCUACUUUGUAAAAUCUGGCUCGAAUGUCGAGAUGGAGAUGUUCACUCAAUUCCAGCUCAAUCCACCGGACGACAGGUUUGAAACUGGCCUUAUUGACCUCCGGUUCCGCUAUGCCGGCGCCUUGUGGGAGCUCGCCGGCCACGCAGAGAACAUCCAAAUUGGCUCGAUCGCUGCGUGGUUUGAUCCGAACCUACAGAGCGAGGUCAUGGACAUCGUGGGAAAGCUUAAGAUCGUCUCUGUCGACCUUAACUACACGUUCGAUAAGUCGGGCUCGAAGCAGAAGGCUUCCGCAUUCACGUUUGCGGGACUUAUCGAAAUGGGAGAACUCCAACUCUCUCUGCUGUACCAGUAUCGAAAGAACACUGGCGGUGCUGCCCCAGCUAGGAGGCUCUUAACGGGCAACGAAAAGAAAAUGGGGCCCGUUGUGCGAGCAGCGGCCAGUGAAUCCACCUUUUGGCUCUUCGAGGCGAUCUUAGAUACUCCACAGCCAGGAACGACGUUGGCUGAUAUUGCUGAGUCGAUCGUCGAAGGAGCAGCGACAGAACUCCCCCCCUUUGUUGGCAAGAUCCAGGUCAAGAGCGACGAUGCCGGGGCAGAGCUGAUUAACCUGCGGGUCCAAAAGUCUAGCCAUGCUGGGGUUCAGAGGGCUGUGUUUGUCCUAAACGUGAACAUCGCCACCGUGGAGUUCACUUUUGCCCAGGUGUCGUCGAAAAUUGGCACGACCAAGGCGACCAAGAGAUUGCUGCGGGUGGCCGUCGAGAAGAUCCCGUUGCUCAGCGACUUGCCGGUCGUCAAAGAACUGCCACAGCCGUUCGACGAACUCCAAUACAUGUGGUCCCAGACCGCCGGGCUUGCACGGACGGAAGUGGAAGCGCUGAACCAGAACCUUGGAGACGAGAACCGAUUGAUGUUCAAGGCUACCACACAAUCCUCCGCCGACCCGACAUCUGCCAAGGAUCCCGUCGUAUUGGCCGAAGGACACCACUUUGUCGUGGUCAACGACGGGCGGGCUAUCCUGGACCACGUAUUCAAGCUGAAGAAGAACGAGAGCUCGACUGCCGUAGUCCGGACACUGCGGGCUGGUGGUCCCACUCCCGCGGCCAAUCUCGAAACGUCGGACGGAGAAUCCAAACCGUCAAAGGGCGCUCUGAGCAAAAAGACGAAAUUCCUUAGCAUCAGCGGCGUCACCAUCCAAUACAAGGAGGAAAGUCUCUGGAUAAUCGUUGACGCUACUGUGGUACUGGGCCCGCUCGAGUUCUCCCUCCUUGGCUUUGGCAUCGGGCUGGAUUUCAGCGGCAUCACCCUCAACCAGCUCGACCUCACGAGUCUCGACCCGCAGGUGAAGCUUCGCGGCAUGGCUGCUUCGUUCGACAAGCCACCAAUCCUCAUUGCCGGCAUCUUCGAAAUGGACGAGAGAGAGGCCAAUGGCCAGCACGUCAAGUCUUACCGUGGCGGUGUGGGCUUGACGAUUCCCCCGUACAUGUUCGUUGCCGUUGGCGAAUACGCCGAGGUUGUGGAAGGCGCCGAAAUGUACAAGUCCGUCUUCAUCUACGCCAAACUGGACGGCCCCCUGAUCGACUUUCAAUUUGCGAUUCUGCGCGGUGUCCGAAUUGGAUUCGGGUACAAUUCGCUCAUCCGGUCUCCUUCUGUCCGCGACAUUCACAGGUUUCCUCUGAUUAGUGACAACGGAGUCGGUGGAACUGGAAAUAACCCCAUGCAAAUUCUGGAAAACAUGCGAGGAGGCGACAACCCGUGGAUACAGCUCAAAAACGAGAGUUACUGGCUCGCCUUUGGACUGACCAUCAGCUCGUUCAACAUUGUCAACUGCACCGCUGUUGCCCUCGUCUCCUUCCGGGCCAACGGAGUCAUUUUCAGCAUCUUUGGUGAUAUUAUUUGCACCCUGCCACCGAAUGUGAAUGCCGGCGCUUCCUUCAAACUGUUCUACGUCGAGAUUCUCAUGAGCGCAGAGCUGAAUUUCGUCGAAGACUACUUCAAGGUGCAAGCCGCUCUGGCCCCGUCGUCCUUCCUCCUCGUUCCCAUGGCUCGGCUCCGUGGCGGGUUUGCCUUGUACACCUUCUUCGGUCGGAAUCCACACGCCGGCGACUGGGUGUUCUCCCUGGGCGGAUACCACCGGAAAUUCUCUGUCCCGGGUCAUUAUCCCCGGCCGGAACGACUGGGCCUGGAAUUUUCAAUCGGGAUCAUCAGUAUCGAAGGCAAGGGGUACUUUGCCCUCACGCCCAAAGCCGUCAUGGCGGGAGCAUUCAUCCACUGCGAGCUCCACGUGGGCCCUGUAUAUGCGUAUCUGGACGCGGCAUUCGACGCGUUGGUUCAGUUCGAACCAGUGCACUACUGGGUGGACAUGCACAUCGAAGUCGGUGUGGAGUGUCGCAUUCCACUACUCUUCGUCACGAUCCACAUAUCGAUCUCGAUCGGAGCCGAGCUCCACAUCGAAGGGCCCGAAUUUGGAGGGGUCGCCCAUGUCGAUUUCUGGUUCUUCUCCUUCGACAUCGAGUUUGGCCGUACUCCACGCCUCCCUGACCCGCUCACGCUCGCGGAGUUCUACGAAGUGUGCGCCAAGGCCGGGCCGCCAGAUGAAGCCAAUGGGCGAACCGAGCCGCCGGAGGGUCUUAUCCUGGAACUCAAGUUCAGCCUCGAGGACGGCAACUUCCCGAUGCCGACGGAAGAUACGAAGAAGGACGCGAAUGGCAAUCCUGUACCCGUGACCGACCCGACCAACACGGGCGCGGGGGCCAAGUGGUUCGUCAAGGGCGGCAGCUUCAAGUUCCGUGUGUCGUCGGUGUUCGCCCUCUCGGCGGCGCGCAUCGAGACGCCUGAGAGUGGCAAGGACGAGUGGAUCGAGGACGUCGGCUACGCGCAUGACCUGCCUACUCAGGAGGGGUCCGGCGCGAUGGAGGUGGUGGAGGGCAUUGACGAGAUCGAGUUGUUGUCCGCGCGCCCCAUGCGCGUGUCCCGCGCGAUCAGGGCGCCGCUGUACGUCGGGAUCCGCGACGCCGAUACCCCGGAACGCGUUACGACAGGGUGGAACGCGUUCUUUGUGAUGCAGGAGAUGCCGAAGCAGAUGUGGCUCGACCCGGGCCAGGGAAUUGACGCACUGUCCCGCGAGAAGGGAAGCAUGCCGCUACGUAUGGGGGUCCAAUUCGAGGCGCCGGAGCCGGUGCUGGCGGUGUCGAAAAUCCCCCCUUUUAAUGCCACGGACAUGUCCAAGUUCAAUGUCGCGAGCAGGCCGCUGCCAGACCACGAGGCCGAGCAGGAGGUAUUUCUGCCAGCGCCGCGGGACGACGCUGGCGCACCGGCGACGUGGCCUGCCACGCAGGACGCGUGGGCGGCGACGGGGCCCUUGUGGGAGAAGCCGUCGGAGGGCGAACCAGAGCCGUCAGAAGGGCUCGCGCGGGCGAUGCUCACGGCGUGCAUGAGCGCUCUCGCGUGGGACAAGCCGUCGCCGGAGACGCUCGCGCAUGUAAACACGGAGGAGUAUACACCUUGGGAGCUACCAGAUGUGAAGUUUCCCGAGCGGUUGGUGACGGGGACGACGGUUGGGGACGGAGAGGUCAGGGACGGGUUUGCGAACUUUUAUCUAGAGCUGCCGAGGGUGGUGGCGGUUUGA